AUGGGUGAUUAUACCCCGCCUUUCGUGACUAUAAGUUCGCGGCAGCCCACCACAGAUGGGAAUAGCUUCAGCAGCGGGGAUUCUGCCGUACGUCGAGACAACAGGACAGCCAGGUCCAGCAUCAGGCCUCCUCAAGCCCGCUCCCGUCUAAUCACAUCUUCUGCUCAGUACGGCUCCAGCGUCGGCGAUGAGAAGACGCCGUCCGCCACCCACGACAUCAGUCGGGUGAACUACCAUGUCAGGUGUCUGCCCGAGUUUGCCAGGACGCUCGAAGAUGUGCGUGCUCAUCCCCACCCCAUCCCGUCCCGAGGUGACUUCAUGUUGCCGUUGCUACAUGCUCCCGGCGGUGCCUCUGCCGCGCGCGCCUUUCCCAACCAACGCGGCGGCUCACAGCGAUACAAGAAGGUCUUCGCCAUCCUGCUGCACUGGAAGUGUGACGACCUGUUCGUGCUGCCCGAGCUGCAGGACCUCGAGUGCUGCUUCCGCGAGGACUUCGACUUCGAGACCGAGACGUUCCCCAUCCCGUCCGACAAUGCGCACCUGGAGCUCAUGCUGCGUAUCGGCGCCAUGAUCAAGGAGCACGAGUCCAACGAUACGCUGUUCAUUGUCUACUACGGCGGCCAUGCGAGGAUCGAUGAGUCGAGGCAGAGCACGUGGUGCGCCACUCGGGGCUCAGACUCGCCUUGGUUACAAUGGUCUGCCAUUCAGACUCUACUAGAACGAUCUCUCUCAGACGUUCUGAUACUGCUAGACUGCUGUGCCGGAGCAGCAAGCGCCACAUUCCCCAACGGAAACAGCAUCACAGAGACGAUAUCAGCAUCGAGUUGGGACGCCAUCGCGCCGGACCCCGGGCGGUAUUCGUUCACGAAUGCACUCAUCGAGGUCCUCCAGGAAUGGAAGCGAAGGUCGUUCUCGGCCGCCAUGUUACACGCCGAGGUCUUGGCCCGCCUCAAGCAUCCGAGACCGAUCAUGCUGAACGGCAAACACUUUGAGGCGCGGUCCACGCCGGUGCAUUUCAUGAUGACCGCUAAUCAUAGAGCACCCAGUAUCGAGAUGUCACGAAUAGUACCAGCAGACAGGAGGCCACCCUCUCCUCCGCAAGAGUCGGCGUUCGACCCAAAUUCUCUUGUUGGUAGAUCUGCUGGGCCCCAGGAUGUUAUCGGCUCCGAGCCAAACGAGGACGUACCGCACGUGAUGAUUUCCCUAGCUCUGGAGGAUGACCAGCGCCUCAAUAUCAACGACUGGGAGCACUGGCUAUCAAGCAUACCCGCAAUAGCAAAGUACGUCAAGGUCCAGGGGGUCUUCAAGAGCCACUCGACGUUACUCCUGCUAUCACUGCCGGUGAUGGUCUGGGAUCUGCUCCCGGAGAACCAUGCUUGCAAUUUUGUGGCCUUCAUCCGGUCCAACAACCUGGCCAUGGAAUGCCCAGGGGAGCCCCAGGGAGUCGCGGAAGAAGUCCCGACGGGCGCCGACAUAGAUGCGGAUCUGAGGUCAAUAUAUUCCGGCACUACUGCAUACACGGCAGCCCCGGUCGACUGGGCCGGUGGUGUCCGGCUAUCGACCAUAUCUUCCUUCUCUAACGGUAAAGCCCCGAUGGAUCCUAUAUACAGGAAUGUCGAGAGGCCCAGGUACAGCUCGCAUUCAAACGCGCCACCAACCAGCACAGAGAAGCCUCCUCGCGGCUGGCCAGGUCUAAACUUAGGUGCGCCUAUAAGAAAGCGCACAGCGACAGUUGGCAGUAUACCCAAGAGCAUGUCCAACGAUAGUUUGGCGCAACAAAAGAAGCGACGGAACUCGACGAGGAUCUUCAUGAACUCGAUCGACGACUUGCCAAGUCGGUCACAUCUCGCACCUCACGUCCAGGCUCGGUUGGAGGAGUACUUCCACACCAGCCCGAGGCCGACAAUGGCCGUCAAGGAAUUCCUAGCAUCGAACCUAGGCAUAGAAACUUCAGACAUCGAAAUCUGGUUCUACCACCGCCGCGAGCAGCAAGAGGUGUCAAACCGGCUUCAGAGCCUCAAGAUCGACGACCACAGCCACGACCCGCCGAAGGACGGCGCGCAGAUGAUCCUGCCGGGCCACCUCAACACGUUGCUCGAGAUCUUCCCGCCGACUAGUCGUGAUGGCGGUAGCAACAAACCUGCCAGUGAUGGCAACCAGAUCGUGCUGAUUGAUCUGCGUCCCGCGGCCGAGUACGACCGCAGCCAUAUCCACGGCGCGAUCAACUUGCGGGUACCGGCCUCGUUCGUGGCACGUGCCGACCUGGAGAUGAUCGAGCGCGCAUUGCCAGACGACGCCAGCCGUACCUCGUUCUCCCAGUGGGGCACCAGCAAGUGCAUCGUCUUCUACGACAAGGUGGUCGAGUACGCGUGGGAGGCGCCGGUGGCAGAUGCGCUGUUCAGGAAGUUCAGGGGCAAGGGGUGGGCCGGGCAGUGCUUCUUGCUGAAGGGCCACUACCGCGAGUUCUCGCAGUCGUUCGAUAGGCAUAUCGUCGUUGCGGGCGCGACCGAGAAUGCGGGGGCGUAUCUGACCGGUCUGGCGCCGGGUGAGAAGCCGGGGAAGAAUAAGACCGACGACCACCAGCGCUACGCUGAGUGGCAUGCCCUCCUCGAAGGCGAGGACCGCGUACACUCGACGGACCUCGUGCCCUCGAUUAAAGACGAGCGCGUCCGCGCCCUGGUGCAACACCAGAAGGCCGCCGAGGACGACUUUGAGCGCGCACAGCCCGCUCUGUACCGGCAGGGGCUCGCCCGGCAGCCGGAGGACGACGACGACAACGACUGGGCCCUCAGGACGGCCCCGAUGGUCGAGCACCUCGAGCGCGGCAUCGCCAAGAUGCAGGCGGAGGUGUCUGGAUCUGGACCAGGAGGUAGCGGCAGGAGCAGUGCUGGCGGCGGCAGGUCCGGUGACUCGCCAUCGGAAAUGCAAUUGGGAUACCGCGGCGGCUACCCGACCGUUGUCGAGAAGCCGUCGCUGCUGGGCGUGGAGGAUUACGAUUUGCUCGAGUCCGAGGACGAGUAUCCCCACCCGCCGCACGCGAUGGCGCCUCCCACUUCCAACAACAACACUGCUACUAGCGGCGUCCGGCACGAGCCCGGGUUCCAGAAGCUCAGCUCGGCCUCCGCGUCAGGGUCCGAGUCCAGAUCGAGACCCUCGCCACACGCGGAGGACGCCGCGGCUGGGCCCGAAAAGAAGGGGCGUUCGGGGCUGGGGGGAACGGGGAGGAAUCUGCUAACGAAGAUCAUUCGGAGUGGGAGGCAUGAGCCUCCGCGGUAG